UCGUGGAUCGCGAGAUUAUAUAAUAUGUAUAUCCACUUGUAUUAAUUAAUUACUAGCAUAAGUUUAAUAAGCUCAAUAAAUACCGAUGUAGUUCUUCAUAUUGAUCACUAACUCUCACCCUCUCUUCUCAGGUAUAGUCGUAAGCAAAAGAGAUGGCCCAAAAGGUGGAAGCACAAGGAGGAAAUGGAGGCAACCAAUGGGAUGAUGGAUCAGAACACGAUGCUGUAACCAAGAUUACGGUCGCGCCAGGUGGGAGCGGUAUUCAAUAUGUUCAGUUCGACUAUGUCAAGAACGGACAACCCGAAACCGCCCCUCUUCGCGGUGUCAAGGGCCGUGCCAUCGCAGCUGAUCCGUUUGUGAUUAACCAUCCAGAGGAGCAUCUAGUUUCCGUAGAAGGUUGGUAUGACUCUUCUGGUGUCAUUCAAGGGCUUAAGUUCAACUCCAACAAGAAGUCUUCUGAUGUCAUUGGAUACAAUGAUGGUACUCCAUUUACCGUCCAAGUUCAAGACAAGAAGAUAAUUGGCUUUCAUGGCUUCGCCGGAGACAAUCUUAAUUCUCUUGGAGCUUACUUUGCUCCUUUAACAGCCGCCCCUCCUUCAGUUCCCCCGAAGAAGCUUGACGCUAAGGGUGGUGAGUCUGGAGCUGUGUGGGACGAUGGUGCACACGACAAUGUUAUAAAGGUAUCUGUAGGACAAGGCGAAGAUGGUAUAGCAGCUGUCAAGUUUGAAUACACAAAUGGUUCUCAAGUGGUCAUUGGAGCAGAACGUGGGACGCCAACAUUGCUUGGAUACGAAGAGUUUGAGCUUGAAUCAGAUGAAUAC